AUGGUGAUGAGUCGGGAUGAGGAGAGGGCCGGAAGCCUCAGUCGGCAAGGGUCCACGGUUUCUUCGCCCGACGGCUCGGAGACCAAGGCCGCCAAUCGGUCUAAGGCAAAUAUACGCGUAUCUCUUGCCUGUGUUCAAUGCCGAAGCAAACACGUCAAAUGCGAUGCCACGCUGCCGGCUUGUAAUCGCUGCCAACAAGAAGACAAGCCGUGUUUUUAUGCAAAGUCGAGACGAGGCAUCCGGGACCCCAAAAAGAGAAGUCUUAUAUCGGAUAAACCACCAGCGACUUCAGCAGGAAACUUCUUCUCAACAUCAAACUUUUCUUCAGGCCUCCCGUCGGUUCGGUCCCCUCGUGAGUUACCGAGCGGUUGGUCCGUUAGUUCAGAAUCACAAUCACAGGCGUCCACCUCGCCUCAAACCGAAAAGGAGUUAUUACUCGACUUAUUCUACAGUCACUUUCAUCCAAGCUACCCUUGUCUCCCCCCUAAAAGAUUUUUCUUUAAUCACGUCGAAUCCGACCCGGACGCCUAUCACUUCUUGCUCUUGGUCCUAAAUUUCUGCGGAUCGCUUUACACAAAUCAAGUCUCCUCCGACGAUUUAUUAGAGGCCGCUUGUUCCGCAGCAUGUGGGUCGCUACCUUUUACGGUGCAGUCGGUGCAGGGGCUACUCAUUCUGAGCAUUGCUGCUUACGGGAUGAUGAAAUUCGAACACCAUGCCGGUUGGGCUAACAGAGCUGUCACUAUAGCCGUCGAUAUUGGCAUGAACCAUAAGACAUUUGCCGACGCAGCAUCUAAUUCGGUGCUUGCCGAGAGCUAUCGAAGAACAUGGUGGUGUUUGACCUUCCAGGAUUCCGAACGAGCUCUAUGCGAUGUCGGCUCUACGCUCUCCAUUACAGAUGUGGAGUCCGAUGUGGAUUUGCCAUGUGAGGAAUGGGAAUAUGAAUCAGGGGUGAGUGCUUCCUUUUCCUUGUCGCCAAGCCUGCCGACUGCCGGGAGCUGGGGCUUCAGCCUCGUACCCAAGCCUCGUACCCAACAUAGCCCAUAG